AUGGUCCUUACUAGUGGAAUUACUGGAGGGCGGCCUGUAGCUCGUCAAGAGAUUCGUGUCUUUUACCAAGACCAGGAUCUGAUGAACCUCUUCCUACUCGGCGUCAUUAGGCUUCAAGAAGUCGAUGAAUCAAAAACGAUAUCCUGGUUUCAAAUCGCCGGUAUUCAUGGGCGUCCCUACGUAGCCUAUGAUGGUGCAGAGCCUGCCGUCGAUGGUGGAGGCUACUGCGCACACUCUACGCUCCAGUUUCCAACAUGGCAUCGUCCAUACCUUGCGUUGAUGGAGCAGGAAAUAUACAAGUGUAUGAUUCAAGUCGCCAACGAAUACACAAACUCUGAGAAGAAGGCCAAGUAUCUCGAGGUUGCAAAAAAAUUCCGUCUCCCAUAUUGGGACUGGGCAGCCAACGGAGAUAUCCCCGACUUUAUUUCACAGCAGCUGACUGUCGAAUUGGACACUCCGAAUGGGCUCAAGACUGUCCCAAACCCUCUCUACCAAUACAAGUUCCAAAAGAAAGGCACCACGUUUGGGACGCUGCCCGAACGUGCCAAAGUGUGGGAUGGAUAUAAUUACACACUGCGCUCACCACGAUCUAAUGGACAAACUGUGGUAUCCACACCCGAGGAUAUUGAGCGGCAAAUGGCAAGCAAUCGCGCAGAUUUGCGGACUCGGGUAUACAACCUGCUCGUCAACUCAAAAGGCUAUUGGUCGUUCUCUCACGAUGGCUGGAGUGGAAACCCCCCGGUCACUACGCGCGAUAGCAUCGAGAGUAUCCAUGGAAAUUUACACAACUUUAUUGGGCGACAAGGUGGGCAUAUGAGCAGCCCUGAUUUUGCGGCAUUCGAUCCAAUCUUCUGGUUCCAUCAUUGUAACGUGGAUCGUCUGUUUGCGAUAUGGCAAGCCCUCAAUCCCAAGGAAUAUAUGCAGGCUGCAGAGAGCGAUACCCUGAGACCCUUCUGGAUAAAGCCAGGAAAGCAUUGGACAUCUGCGGACGCCCGAGACACUCGCGCGAUGGGCUACACAUAUCCUGAACUUGCCAAGUGGAGCGAACUCAAACCACAGGACAAAUCCGUGCGUCUCCGUAUAGACGUCAACUUGAUGUACGGAAGUCAGGCUGCGCCUUUCGCCGCCAUUAUCCCCGACUUGUUCAAGCGUACUCCAGAGGUCAAUGCGAAUACCACGGUUGAUCCUACAAAACUUUCUAUCAUCAAAGAGCACAAGACCUCAGCGACACCAGCCAAGGAAGUUUCUGCUAAGGUGAUGAGCGCCCAAGCGCAGCGGGUUGUUUCACCCCCACCCUCUGUUGCAGCCCCAAUCGUCAAGGAGUAUAACGAAUGGACCGCAAAUAUCACCGUUGAGAAAUAUGCAAUCAGGAAGCCGUUCCUUGUGCACAUUUUCCUUGGUAAAUUCGAUACAACCACAAGUAACUGGGCAACGGACCCUAACCUGGUUGGUACCUGGUCCAUCUUCGCCAAUGAUCUCGAUACCACUCAAUGCGCCAAUUGCCGCAAUGCGGCCGAGCAGCACAAGUUGAUUGCUGGUUCGAUCCCGCUUACGCGCGCAAUUAUGAAAAAGGGAUAUGAAUUAGGGGCACUCAACCGCGAGAAGAUUGUUCCGUUCUUGACAAAUGAGCUCCACUGGCGUGUCACAAGCUUGGCUCAAGAGGAUAUUAAGCGGGAGGAUAUUCCAAGUUUGAAAGUAUCUGUAUCGCGCUCUGUCGUUGUCAUUCCAGAGACCCUCAGCGAGUUCCCUGUCUGGAAACCACCGGUCCAAGAACCAACGAUUACGAUUGGCCGCCCAGGAGGUGCUGCAGAGGGCGAGUAG